CUGUGGGCGGGGUUACAUGUCGAGCAAGGCUUGCCCGGUCACCUGUCUCAGCUGUCAGCUGUGCUAGAUCUUAAAGAUGGCAGGAAAUAAGUCUUACACUAUAGUAGAAUAUUUCGGGGGAGAAGAUGGCUACCGAUGUGGUUACUGUAAAAGCCAAACGGGAAACUUCUCUCGUGGGAUGUGGUCCCACACCAUGACAGUACAAGACUACCAAGACCUCAUAGAUCGAGGAUGGAGAAGAAGUGGGAAGUAUGUUUACAAACCCAUAAUGCAGAAGACAUGCUGUCCACAGUAUACCAUCAGAUGCCACGCUCUGAAAUUCCAGCCUUCCAAAUCCCACAAGAAAAUCCUGAAGAAGAUGAACAGAUUUAUAUCCAAAGGGGAGCUGCAAAAGGGGCAGGAAGAUUGUGCAGGUGAGCCAAUGGACUCGGUGUGUGAAGAGGCAGGACCACAGGAACUGAGGAAAGUACAUUUAAAGUGCACCGCUCUCACAGGCAUUCAGAAGGAUGCUACAGAGUUUCCAUCUACCACAGAAGUUCAGAAGGAGGCAGCAGAUGCCACACCUACAGGCUCGCAAACAUCACAAAAUGAUCCAGUGUCUGUACUGGCUGGGACCACAACAUCCGCAGCUCCCAAACCAGGGAAUGGAGCCGAUCCUAGCCGCCCGCCGUGUAGGAAGGCCAAAGAGUUGAGGAAAGAGCGGCGUCUUCAGAAAGAACAAAUGAGGCAAAAUGGCGACGGCGUUUCCUCCACUGUCUCUCCUACCCAACCCACUCCUAGUCAAAACAACCAAUCAAAAACAUUGGAAGAAUUCAUCAGCGAAUCAUUGCCUGAAAACUCUGCUCAUUGCCUUGAGGUGAGGCUAGUGCGCUCCAAUCCCCCUAGCCCGCAGUUCAAAGCUUCUUUCGACGCCUCCUACCAGGUGUACAAACUCUACCAGAUGGGCAUUCACAAGGACCCUCCUGACAAACCCACCGAGAGCCAGGUGAGGCUAGUGCCAGUGAACUUUGAGGACCCUCAAUUCAUGGCGUCGUAUCAGCAGUCGUCAGCGCUGUACGCCCAAUACCAGAUGGCCAUUCAUGGUGAUGACCCCAGCGAAUGUAGUGAGAGUGAGUUCAAGAGAUUUCUCUGUGAUUCACCGUUAGAGGCAGAAUAUGCUCCAGAUGGGCCUGAGGUGGGCUACGGCUCCUUCCACCAGCAGUACUGGCUGGAUGGACGUAUUGUGGCAGUGGGGGUGAUUGAUAUCCUGCCUACCUGUGUGUCCUCCGUCUACUUGUACUACCAUCCCGACUUUAACUCACUGUCUCUGGGCUCCUACUCUGCUCUCAGGGAGAUCGCUUUUACCAAGCAGCUGCAGAAACAGUCUCCCAAGCUGUCCUACUACUACCUGGGCUUUUACAUUCACUCCUGCCCCAAGAUGCGGUAUAAGGGGCAGUACCGGCCUUCUGACCUCCUGUGCCCAGAAACCUAUGUCUGGGUAUCGAUAGAGCGAUGCAUCCCCCUUCUUGACAACUCCCGCUACGCUCGUUUGAACCAGGAUCCUGAUUUAGGAGAUGCUCGGGCCGUGAGGGAUUUGGGCAGAGCUCUGGUGCUAUACAGACGGACUGUCAUGCCCUAUGCAGCCUACUCCCGCAAACGCAAGGGCUCCAGCGACGAGAUGGAGGUGCAGCAGUACGCCAGCUUGGUUGGCCAGGACUGUGCUGAAAGGAUUUUGCUUUAUCGCUCGUAAACACAACACAUCAUAUUACCUUUGAAUAAACAUAAAUACAUA